GGCGGGAGCUGUGACGUGACGUUGGCGGGGGCGCGCAGCGUGGCUCCCGGAAAGGAGCCGAACCUCCGGGAAGCUGGUGGCCGGGAUGCGGUGCGCUAGUGGCCGCCCGCCCCCCUGGAGCCGCGGCCCGCCCAGCAGGGUGCCUCUGACUCCAGGAAGACCCCAGCUCUGAUUCUGUCAUUGUAGAUGACGAGAACUGACUCCCAUGACAUCACCUGGACCUUGCUUGGCCUUUCAGUAUGGGAAGGAUUGGCAUUUCCUGUCUCUUUCCUGCCUCUUGGCAUUUUAGCAUCUCUCCAGUGGGCUGUCCUCGAAUUCUGAACACCAAUUUACGACAAAUCGUUGUCAUUAGUAUCUUGGCUGCAGCUGUCUCCCUUUUAUACUUCUCUGUUGUCGUAAUCCGCAGCAAGUAUGGGUGGCUGUCAAAAGAGAAGAAAUUUCAAAGGUACUUGGCCCGAGUCACAGACGUCGAGGCUACAGACACCAACAACCCCAACGUGAACUAUGGCAUUGUGGUGGACUGCGGUAGUAGCGGGUCUCGGAUAUUUGUCUAUUGCUGGCCUCGGCACAACGGCAAUCCUCAUGAUCUGCUGGACAUCAGACAGAUGAGGGACAAAAACCGGAAGCCGGUGGUGAUGAAGAUUAAGCCCGGUAUCUCAGAGUUUGCUACCUCUCCAGAAAAAGUCAGCGAUUACAUUUCUCCGCUUCUGAGCUUUGCUGCAGAACACGUGCCUCGGGCCAAACACAAAGAGACACCUCUCUACAUUCUCUGCACAGCCGGAAUGAGAGUCCUUCCUGAAAGCCAGCAGAAAGCCAUCCUGGAGGACCUCCUGACCGACAUCCCUGUGCACUAUGACUUCCUGUUUUCUGACUCCCAUGCCGAAGUCAUCUCAGGAAAACAAGAAGGUGUGUAUGCUUGGAUCGGCAUCAAUUUUGUCCUUGGACGGUUUGAGCAUAUUGAGGAGGAUGAUGAGGCGGUUGUGGAAGUCAACAUUCCCGGCAGCCAGAGCAACGAGGCCAUCGUGCGGAAACGGACAGCUGGUGUUCUUGACAUGGGAGGCGUGUCUACUCAGAUAGCAUACGAAGUCCCCAAAACUGUAAGCUUGGCCUCCUCACAGCAGGAAGAAGUAGCUAAAAACUUGUUAGCUGAAUUCAACCUGGGGUGUGAUGUCCACCAGACUGAGCACGUGUACCGAGUCUAUGUGGCCACAUUUCUUGGGUUUGGUGGCAAUGCUGCUCGGCAGAGAUAUGAAGACAGACUAUUUGCCAGCACAGUUCAGAAAAACAGGCUCCUGGGCAAACAGACUGGUCUGACCCCUGAUGCUCCGUUCCUGGACCCCUGCUUGCCUCUGGACAUUAAAGAUGAGAUCCAGCAAAAUGGGCAGACCCUGUACCUUCGGGGAACAGGAGACUUUGACCUGUGUCGAGAGACCCUCCAGCCUUUCAUGAACAAAACCAAUGAGACACAGACUUCCCUCAAUGGUGUCUACCAGCCUCCAAUCCACUUCCAGAACAGUGAAUUCUAUGGCUUCUCUGAGUUCUACUAUUGCACCGAGGAUGUCUUGCGAAUGGGGGGAGACUAUAAUGCUGCUAAAUUUACUAAAGCUGCCAAGGAUUACUGUGCAACAAAGUGGUCGAUCUUACGGGAACGCUUUGACCGAGGACUGUAUGCCUCUCAUGCUGACCUCCAUCGACUUAAGUAUCAGUGUUUCAAAUCAGCCUGGAUGUUUGAGGUAUUCCACAGAGGCUUCUCCUUUCCUGUCACAUACAAAAAUCUCAAAACGGCCUUGCAGGUGUAUGACAAGGAAGUGCAGUGGACCCUGGGGGCGAUCCUUUACAGGACCCGCUUUCUGCCCUUGAGAGAUAUCCGGCAGGAGGUCUUCCGGGCUGGCCAUGCACACUGGCGGGGCGUGUCCUUCGUCUAUAACCACUAUCUAUUCUCUGGCUGCUUCCUGGUCGUCCUUCUGUCCAUCCUUCUCUACCUGCUGAGGCUGCGACGCAUCCACCGCAGGGCACCCCGCACUGGCUCUCUGUGGAUAGAGGAAGGCCUGCCCUCCCAGAAGGGCCCUGGGCCCUUGUGACAGACACUGAAUCAGCCUGAAGAAGACUCUACAGGAAAAGCCAUUCUUGCCUCAGGGUUUCUCGUAUGCUCAGACAGUUUUGUUUGUCCCUUUCCUUUCUGUUACCAAAACCCUCUGAUUGUAAACCCUGAUGUCUAGAGGUACUACCAUUGAACACAGCUUUAAAUGGAGGGGUGGGAAAAAGGACUUUACUUGGCUCGUGCUGUAUAGUAUCUGCCGCACACCAGUAAGGCUUGUAGGACAUGCUGCACUUUCACGUACUUGGAUAUCUGUGCAAGGGAACAGUGGGCAAGUUUCCAUCAGCGUGGGUGGGACUUCAGAGUGUCCUGGGACAGAACCAAGCCGUGAGUUAUACCCUCUUUCCUCUCCAAACACCUCAGCCUAGAAGGGAGGUGUUUGGUUUUAUUUGCUGCUCAGGUCUGUCGCCAUCGGUGUUUUGGCAGAUUUAAGACUUUAGUCCUUCAUAUGAAAAAUCGACAAGAUGGUGGCACAGGGAGGUGACACUGAAGAGUAGUCAGUGAUGAGAGCUACUGAGGAGAACUGUGCCCUGCUGCAGGCGAGCACACACCUAUAAAGUAGCCACUCUUGCCCUGUGCUUGGGGUCUCUGUUGCCCUCUCAGAGCAGCCUUGGGUUUUGUUUGUUCAUUUGUUUUGUUUGUUUGUUUUUAAACCAGAAAGUUUUUAAAGCUCCUGGUCUAGUGGUCUGAGAGCAGAAGUGUGCCCUGCAGAUGUCCGAUGCCGCUGAGCGGCCGCUCUGUGCUGUCGAGCUGCUCCAGGCUCUUCCACUUCUAAGCUGUCACGCCACUGUUCAGAUCUCUUCACUGUUUUUCUUCAGGAUGCCCCACACAUUGCUUGACAGUCACACUGUGGUUGCAGCUGUCGUUGGCAAUGGCACUGUAAGCCCACACGUGGAAGAGCCUGAAUUUAAAAUAAAAAAUAAAUGCACACAUUGAAAACAAA